GGCCCGAUCUGUGUAUCAACUCACUUCCAGAGGUUGGUCCAGCUCUCGUUGACAUGGCAACAACAGGCAGCAAAGAAAGUUUGGAGGACGUCGUGAGAGGAUCAGCAGGGGGUUCUGCUAACACCGUUUCCACCUGGCAAGGAGGAUCAGCAGGGGGUUCUGCCUAUACCGUUUCCCCCUGGCAAGGAGAAAGCUGUGCGGAGUCUGGAGAGGAAACCGGGAGGCAAGACAAAGGUGUGAAAGUGUUCAGGUGUGAGGAGUGUGCCAAGCAGUUCAGUUGUCUAAGUCAUCUUGAGAGACACGUGCGGACUCACACAGGUGAGAAACCCUUCAGGUGUGAGUGGUGCAGCAGACAAUUCAGUCAACAGGGUGAUCUAAAGAAACACUUGCGGACUCACACAGGAGAAAAACUCUACAGCUGUGGGGAGUGUGACAAGCAAUUCAGUAGACUGGAUCAUCUGAAGACUCACAUGCGGACUCACACAGGAAAAAAACCCUACAGGUGUGAGGAGUGCAGCAAGCAGUUCAGUCAGCUUGAUCAUCUUAAGACCCACAUGCGGACUCACACUGGGGAGAAACCCUACAGGUGUGAGGAGUGUGGCAAGCAGUUCAGUGAGCUGGGUGAUCUGAAGAGGCACAUGCGGACUCACACUGGUGAGAAACCCUACAGGUGUGAGCAGUGCAGCGGGCAGUUUAGUGAGCUGGGAAAUCUAAAGACUCACAUCCGGACUCACACUGGUGAGAAACCGUACAAGUGUGAGGAGUGCAGCAGGCAGUUUAGUGAGCUGGGUAAUCUGAAGAGGCACAUGCGGAUUCACACAGGACAAACACCCUACAGGUGUGAGGAGUGCAGCCGACAGUUUAGUCGGCUGGGUGACCUGAAGAUACACAUUCGGACUCACACAGGUGAGAAACCCUUCAGGUGUGAGUGGUGCAGCAGACAAUUCAGUCAACAGGGUGAUCUAAAGAAACACUUGCGGACUCACACAGGAGAAAAACUCUACAGCUGUGGGGAGUGUGACAAGCAAUUCAGUAGACUGGAUCAUCUGAAGAUUCACAUGCGGACUCACACAGGAAAAAAACCCUACAGGUGUGUGGAGUGCAGCAAGCAGUUCAGUCAGCUUGAUCAUCUUAAGACCCACAUGCGGACUCACACUGGGGAGAAACCCUACAGGUGUGAGGAGUGUGGCAAGCAGUUCAGUGAGCUGGGUGAUCUGAAGAGGCACAUGCGGACUCACACUGGUGAGAAACCCUACAGGUGUGAGCAGUGCAGCGGGCAGUUUAGUGAGCUGGGAAAUCUAAAGACUCACAUCCGGACUCACACUGGUGAGAAACCGUACAAGUGUGAGGAGUGCAGCAGGCAGUUUAGUGAGCUGGGUAAUCUGAAGAGGCACAUGCGGAUUCACACAGGACAAACACCCUACAGGUGUGAGGAGUGCAGCCGACAGUUUAGUCGGCUGGGUGACCUGAAGAUACACAUUCGGACUCACACAGGGGAGAAACCCUACAAGUGUGAGGAGUGCGGCAGGCAGUUUGGAUACCAAAACAGCCUGAAGAGGCACAAGCAAACUCACAGGGGAGAAACACAACAGGAGUAAAGACUAGGAUCCUGUUUAGCGCCUAACGUUCCAUUAUAAGACAAUUUGACGCACAUUCUGAGAACCUUUUUUGUGUAAGAUGUGCCAAAGAUACUGCAUGGAGGUGAGCAAGCCUACAUGUUCAAUGUGAUGAUAGCAGUAGAGGAAGUUAACUAGAAGACUAUCACUAGUAUACUAGUAAUAUCAGUUAACGUUAUCGCAAAUAGUUGGUAUAGAUUAUCUCUUUUAAUGCCUGCAAUAAAGGGAGUGGUAGAUAAUCCCUCGUGGGUUGUAUAGAUAACUUUACAUAUAUUGUUCAUCUUUUAUUCCUGUUACUGUUUAUUUUGGCAUAUAUAAUCCCUUUGUUUUGGUAGCAUCACUUUUGUUUUAUAUUACACAAUUUCCUUGGUCGUUGUAGAAUUAAAUACCAACGAUUCAACUACGUAGAAGAUUGUUGUUCCAGAGAUCAAUUUUGUUUUGUUAUUGUUAGCAUUUUGACUCUAUUUUUUGUUGUUAGUUGGCAUAUGUUAGAGAAAUUUACUAAAUCAGAUGGAAACAUUUUUGGUUUACCUGUAAUUAGACGUAAUAUGCUGUACGGUGUUUUUCCUUCAGGUACCUUUCUUACAUUGUUGUUCGGUUAGGUUAGCCGUGCUUAAUUGUUUUGUUUUCAUUUUUAUCUCAUUAGUUUUGGUUUCGAUUAACGAUGUACAUAAUCAGUAACUAACAUCGGGAAGUGAUUGUACACUUGAGUUAGCGUUAGGUUUGUAUGAAAGUACUAGUUUCGUUUUCCAGUUGAAGUUUCCUUGACAAAUUUUGUGCCCAUAUUUUCUGUUUAGUGAAUUAUAUCUUUUGACUACU